UGUCGUCACCGCCGCCCGCGUGACGUCGCCGACUGUCAUGGUGGCGCCGCUACCGCUCCUCGGCCUCCUCCUGCUUCUCGUCUCGGCUCGCAGCCGCCUCGCCUAGCGGCGCCUCGCGAGACGCAGGCCGCCGCCUCCUCCUCCUCCUCGCGCCUCAGGGAGCCCGCACACCCCCCCACCACCACCACCACCAGGGCUCGCGUAUAGCGGCCUCCCCGCGACCCACUGGGCCCUGCGGCCUUCCCGACCCGCGGCCUCAACGCGCUCCUCUGUGGGCCCCGCGGCCUCCAAGCGAACCCCGGGGGGCCCCGGGGGCCUCACACACCCGCGGCCUCCCCUUGUCCCUCGGGGGGCCUCGGGGGACCCCGCGGCCUGCCCGCGAUGCGGGGCUGGGAGUCGGGGCCGCUGCUGCUGCCGCUGCUGCUUGUGGCCGCGUUUGUAGCGGAACUGGGCCUGAGCCGAGUGGCGGACGCCGCGAGUGUGCGUGGCUCUCCGGUUGCAGUGACGCCGCUUCCUUGCUGGGCGCUGGAGGAGUACCGCACAGUGCAGCCCUGCGCCCCGUGCUCCGACUUCCAGAGCACGGCGAUGGAGGCCUGCGUAGCCACGGGAUUUGUGGAGAAGCUGAGCUGCGUGGAUUCGCACAAGGACGAGUUCCGCAGCUGCCGCUCUGCGACGGCGGAGGAGCGGGCCUUCUGGCACUUCGAGUUCACCGUCAUGGGCCUGGGGGCCGCGCUGGCGCUCGCCGUCACCCUGCGGCACCGCCGCCUCGACCGCAUCGCCUCGGACAAGGUGCGCCGCCAGAUCGAGUCUCUGUGAGCUGCCACUGCCACCGGCCGCGGGGACUUGGUGACGGCGCGGGGGUUGCGCCCCCCUUGGCUCUGCGUGCCCGCGUGGUGGACUUGACGACCGUGCCGGUGUGGUGGACUUGACGACCGUGCCGGCGUGGUGGACUUGACGACCGUGCCGGUGCGGUAACCUGACGACCGCGGCGGUGCCAGCGGCGUCGCGCAGCGUUCGGAGAGGGGGCGGUCGCAGUCUCCUCCGCCCCCCUCGCUCCUCGCUCGUACCCUGGGGUGUCCGCUCCGAGGCCGGGAAAAGCGGGCGCUUCACGGUGGACAAAGCGAGCAACAGAACUGACUGACGCACUCUUUAAACGUACAAAUUUUAUUUUGUCAGCCCGAGGCAGCGAUUGCCGAUUUCACUAUUUAAUGUAAAGAGGCCCGUUGGAGUUUCAAGUAAGCCGAAUACUGUAACAAUAAAGCUGAUUCUUCA